AUGCUGGAGCUUACGGAAUACGACGAAGCGGGCGUUCUGAGAGCGGUCUAUGUAGAAUCUAAAAAUGACACGAACCGAAUCGGAAGCAGAGUGGACAUCGUUUCACUACGCGAUGUCAAGACGCCAUGGCAGAGAAUCCUAGACGUGUUUCUUCCGGCUGGCUAUCCACAGAGCGUCACGGAAGACUACAUUGAAUACCAGAUCUACGACUCGCUGCAGGCUUUCUCGAGUUCUAUAGCAGGGUUGAUUUCUUCGCGGGCGGUGCUCCAAGGUGUCGGCGUCGGAGAUGCAUCAGCCUCGCCCACCGCUGCCCUGCUCCUCUCAGUCCUGCAAGAUUCGAUGGGCAGAUUGGCUACAAUACUUUUUGCCCACAGACUCGGGACGUCCUUGGAGCCAGAAUGCAAGAUGUAUCGGCUCGCGGCCGACAUCUUCAACGAUACCGCAAUGAUCCUUGACUGCCUAUCCCCGGCGUUCCCGAAAGCCUUGAGAGUCUUGGUACUCAGCUUCUCCAGCAUUCUUCGCGCCCUCUGUGGUGUUGCUGCAGGCAGCUCGAAGGCUACUCUCAGCGCUCACUUUGCAAAAUGGGGGAACCUGGGGGAAUUGAAUGCUAAAGACUCGAGCCAGGAGACCAUCAUCUCUUUGAUGGGCAUGCUUGCUGGAAGUGUUGUCGUAUCAUGGAUUUCAUCGCCUUUGGCGACGUGGGCAACUCUAUUGACACUCCUCUCAAUCCACCUUGCAACGAACCACGCGGCGGUACGCGCCGUGAGCAUGAAGACACUGAACCGACAACGAGCGAACAUUGUCUUGUCAUGUCUGAUGGACAACGACGAAGUCCUGACCCCAAAACAAGUUUCGAGGAAAGAACGAAUCUUCGAGCGAGAUGGCGUGCUCCGCUGGAAAGGUGGCCGAGUACUCGGCCACUGCAAUAUUGGGACGACGCUCCAAGAGCUGCUGCAGCGCUUAGGUCCUAGCCAUGCAAAGACUCGGUCAAUCCAUCUGGAAGGGCUUCGUCUAGCGGAUCUGAUCCUCCUGUAUGAGCGCGAGUUGUAUAUCCUAUGGCUCGAUAAGACUACUGCCAAGCUACGCAUCUACAUUGUCUUGAAGCAAGGCUGCACGCCAGUAACUCAACUCAAAGCCUGGACCCAGGCGCUCACGCUCGCCCGCCAUGCUUCGCAGCAACAGUCGCGGGACUCGGACAGGGUAACAUCGCGUUUGCAAGAUGGUCUCAAGCAAGCUCCCUUACAUACCAAUUCGGGACCGCUCGCCGAGUUGAGACAAACCUUAACGCAAACAUCCAAAUCGUUCCCCGAGUAUGUACAACGGCUAGAAGCGGCCGGCUGGGAUCUGAGUGUUGCAGCACUAGAGACUGUUUCAGGUACCCGCGCCGUUGUGAGGACUAAAGAGAGCUCUUAA